AUGAGUGACGCGUACGAGCGUGAGCAGCAGAAUAAUGCGCUCCUCAAUUCCCUUUCCUCGAAGGUUUCCGCGCUCCGUUCCGUAACGAUCGAUAUUCAUGACAAUGCGCGCGAUCAGGAUACUCUUGACCACACGAGCGACGUAUUUUCCUCCUUCUCAACGAACCUGAAAGGCAGCGCCUCUCGGCUCACACGGAUGGCGAAACAAGGCGACACUGUCGCAGUGCUGAAGAUAGCUGGCAUGUGCAUUGCCGCUGGUAUCGUGCUUUAUAUCAUUCUCGGAUGGAUCUUUUGA